AUGGUAACACCCAGUAUUAUCAUAACACACGCACUGAAACUCGAGAACUCUUAAACAGAUGAAAAUCUGACAGGUCUAAUUAGCACAGCACAGAGGAGGAGGAGUUGAACCCAAACCUUCAAUUAAACAAUCCUUUUUUUCCUUUUUUUUAACACUUAGACUUAAUUCUCUGGCUUGUUAGGAGCGUUGGGAAUGUGAAAGCCAGGUAAACCUUCACAAUGAAAAGAUUAGCACAACUUGACCUCGGAGGCUGGCUGUCAAAGCGCCCUGCACAAACCUCAGCCCACGGGACACAAACACGGCCCCGGCCACACCUUAGCAUUACUGGUUCAUAGCUGUGUUUCCCUGUCCUCUUCAGAAAUCUUUUCAACAUGGAAUCAAACAAUAGUAGACCUGGCAAGUGUCCUCCUAUACACACAAUGCAAAAGCAUGCCUGAGCUCUGCGAGCGCUAAGUGUCACACUUUCUACAGCAAGCGCAGGGCAGAAGUCGGGUUGGCUCAGGCUCACGCUCACAGGGCGUUCUAAUGGGCUUAGACUUCCGAACAGCCACGCAGUCCGCUGCACUUCUGCUAGCACUGCUGGGAUGGGUUUUAGCCUGCCUUACAAACUACUUGCCACACUGGAAGAACCUCAACCUGGAGCUGAACGAGAUGGAAAACUGGACCAUGGGACUCUGGCAAUCCUGCGUCAUCCAGGAGGAAGUGGGGAGUCAAUGUAAGGACUUUGACUCCUUCCUGGCCUUGCCAGCCGAACUCCAGAUCUCCAGGGUCUUGAUGUCUCUGUCCAAUGGGCUGGGGCUGCUGGGGCUGCUGGCCUCUGGCUGCAGCCUGGACUGCCUGAGGCUUGGAGAGACCCAGAAGGGUCUGAAGAGGCGACUGCUCAUCCUGGGAGGGCUCCUGCUCUGGACUUCGGGCGUGAUGGUCCUGGUUCCUGUCUCCUGGGUGGCCCACGUGACAGUGCAGGAGUUCUGGGAUGAGACCCUGCCUGAGAUUGUGCCCAGGUGGGAGUUUGGGGAGGCCCUUUUCCUCGGCUGGUUUGCUGGCUUCUGCCUCGUGCUAGGAGGGUGUCUGCUUCACUGUGCAGCCUGCUCAAGCCCAGCAACUCCAGCCUCGGGCCGCUACGCAGUCACAGGAUUGCAAGACCACUGUCAGCAGUUGGAGCUGAAACAGGCCAACCCAGAAACCUAAGCCAGAGGGAUCUGUGGCCUUUCCACUCUUCAGCAGGUGCUUGCUCCAGAUGGACUUGGUACGAUCUCCUGCUAUAAUCACCCCUCCUCACUGUGAUCUUGAUUUUCUGAAAUGUGCGUUUCCUUUCUGUGUCUAUUAACUUCUUCAAAUACAAUUUCUUCCUACAACUGA